ACAUUUUUAUUUUGAUUUUACAAUUUUUGUGUCGACAUAUUUUACAACUUUGAAUUCGUUUUUUUUUGUUUUGUUUCUAGCCAUUUGAUUCUUCAUUUCAUCGUAUAUCAUCAUCAUAAAUUCAUUCGUAUUUCAAGCGAAAACAACAGCAAAACAAAAAAAAAAAAAAUGAUCAUCAUCUUGUUUCCAAUGGCAGUGGUAAUGAUUAUUCUGGCAUCAGUAUUGGAUACAAUUGUUUGUUUACCAAUUUCAAGCCAAAACAAUGAUUCUAACGGAUCUUUCGAAAUGUUUUCAAAUUCAUUGUCAAAACGUAUUGAAAAUUUAUCUGUGAAUAAGACAAAUACCACAAAUGAACUACCACUAUUACCAUUACCGCCAACAAAUGUAUCCAGAUUGGAAAUGACUCCCGAUGUUAAUCAUGCAUUGACCAUCGAUCAUCAAAAUAUUGUCAUCAAUCUUGGCCAAUCAUUAUCUUCUGGUAUCACUAAUGCUAUUGUUCGUCCAUUAACAUUUUUCAAUAAUCUAAUCGGAUCGGCUGCCGGAUCUUUGCCCGGAUUGUUUGCUGCCAAUGGUGCUGCUCUUGGCACUGCAAUCGCUACACCAAUUCAACUUGGCACUUUGGCUGCAAAUGCUGCCAUUUCAGGCAUUACUGGUACAGUUGUUUCCAUUCCAAUAUCGUUAGCUUCGGGUGGUGCAGCACAAUUAGUCGGUCUUAUUGGUACUGGACGACAAUUAUGGCAUAGUACAUUGGGUUCUGAUCCAAAUAAUUCAACAUUCUGGCAAAAUGGUCAAUUAUGGCUACAACCAUUGGCCGUUGUUACCGGUACUAAUUCAAUACUAGCUGGUGUUGGUUUGAAUGCAUUGAGUCAAGGUGUUAAAAAUUUAGGCUGGAGUAUUGAACGUUUUGGUGUAUCGUUAAGUAAUACCGGUAAAAAUGCUAAACAAUUUGGUUCAGUAUUGAUUGGUUGGGCUAAUGGUAAACCAUUGUAUGCAUCCAUUAUUAAUGAAACCGAUUCAUUAAAGAAUUCAUCAUCGAUUGUCGAAGAAAUCAAUCAACAACAACAGCCAAUGGAUACAAUCACUAAAAUUGAUCUUGACAAAAUGAUUCCAUUGAAUUUAGAAUCAGAAUCGAUGAUUGAAACAACGACAACCACGAUGGUUGAAAUUGAAAAUUCACAAACUCAAUCGAAAAAUGCUGAUGAUGAUGAUGAUCAAAUAGCUGAAAAUUCAAUUCAUAAUGAAAAAACUACUAACGAAAUUACAAAUCAACCAAAAGAAAUGUGAUCAUUUAAAACUAUCAAUUAUUUCGACACUUUAAUUUAUUUUUCAUUUUCAUCAUUUUAGUCAAACACAUACACACACACACACUUGUUCUC